AUGACACUCCGACUCGCCCCAUACAAUGACGCUAUGCGUCUGGGUCAAGGAUUCAACUCCUACACCCAUGAAUUGUGCAUUGACCAAGCUGUCAAAGUCAAGCAGCGUAAGAGUGUCGAAUCGAAGGGCGAAACAUCGCAGGUUGUUUCUUACUCCGCUCGUUUUGUGGAGAAACUCAGCGAUGUCGUUGAGUCCAUGAAUGUAUCUUACAGCUCAGCGAUCAAGAAGGGUACCAUUGAGAUUAGUGGUAACUCCAGCACGGUCGACGAGACAACCUUCAAGUCGUCGCAUUUGAAUGCAGUUGUGGCUGUCAAGGUCGUGAAUCAAACUAUCUCUACGGAGGACGAGUGUGAGUUCCAGCAGCUCGAGAACAACGAAGCCGCCAUGUACUCUCGCUUCAAUGAAAUCUAUGGCGACUCGUAUAUCUCUGGUUUCAUCGAAGGUGGAGAUUUCACGGGUAUUGUAUCCAUCAAAGUCUUGGAUGGCCAUGACGUGAAAAGCACAGUCGAAGCCAUCAAAUCAGGUCUCAACAUGAACAGCAAGACCGAAGUUGAAGAGUUUGUCCUGGGUCCAUCUGACAACUCUAGUCGAUCAACUCUCGCAACCGCUCUCAAAGACACUGAAACCACCAUAUCCAUCAGCUGGAUAGGCGGCGCUCAGAUCAAAGAUGCGUCCCGUGCAUGGGACAUCGACUCCAUGUACGACGCAGCGGCUGCUUUUCCAGCAGCAGUGGCACAGUGUCCCCAGCGCACUUGGGCUAUCCUGACCCCGUACAAGGCGAACAGGUCCUUCGUCAAAUGGAGUACCGGAUCACCUGUCAAAACCCUGCAGUAUGAUCUAAUUGCUAGCUUCACCGCGGAGUUGUUUGACAGCUUCAUGGACUACAAGAUGCUUCUCAAAGAUGUCCAGAAUAUUAUCAGUAACCGCAAGGACUAUCGACAGCGAAUUGGUGUGGUUGAUGCCAUCGAUACGAAUUUGAAGACGCUCUUGAGUGUUCGCGGGGCUCUUCGAGAUGAGCAGACAAAAAUCGUUGAAGCUAUUGGCGUUUUGAGCAAAGACCCUUCGGUCCUCAAACGACAGGGGGCCUGGUCUACCACAAACAGGGUUCCCCUCGUCAAGCAGAUCAUCGAAAAGGCUUUGGGACAUGCAGCCAAUUGGGAGCCUAAACCGUUGGCAGUUAAACCAGCAUCUGCUCAGGACGCAGUACAGAGUGGUUCGAUUGAUGUAAGUCAAGCACAGAAAGCAGAAAGUGACGACGAAGUACUGGUCGAUUCGGCUACCUCUUCAAUUGCUACACCUAUUACUUCAGAUGGAAAGGUGACCGCAACAGCUGCAUCCGACCUUAGCAAGCCGGCGGUUGAGUUCAACUUUGAUACUCUGAUGCCACCAGAGGUUUGGGAGGACUUGCUACCAGAACCAAUCGAACCUCCAAACUAUGGACAGGUCAACGUCAUCCCCCAGGCUACACACCCCAACAGUCUCCUAAGCCAACUCAUGCCACCCCCAGACGGUUCAUCCGGACCAGGCGUCGUGGUGUCGCAAUCAUACGAUGCCAUGCAGCGCGAGUUAGAGUCUUUCAGGAAGGAAAAGCUUGCCGCCGAAAAGCUCGCGGCGGAUGCCGAAGCCGCGCGUGAAAAGCAGGCACGCGAAUAUGCAGCACUGAACGCGCAGUAUGCGCAGUACAAGGCUGACGCUGAACGAACUCAAACAUCCCAGGCCUCUCAGAUCAGCGAAAAGACAUCAAUGAUCGAGACCAAAGAGGCAGAGAUACAGCGUCAAAAGGCAGCGCAUUCGCAAGUUCUUGCCGAGCGCGAUGAGGCUCAGGCCAGGGAUAACCAGAAGCAGAAUGAGAUCAACGCUCUCAAGGAGUGUGCCCUCGAUGGCCUCACUGCCAAGAAGAUAACGGUCAUUACCAUCACGUACGGUAACAAGGUUUUCUACGAGCUUGGAUGGACAACCGACUCGUUUAACCUGGUACCCAAGGUGGAGCAAAUGAUUGCUUCCAGGGGCAGUUUCGUCAUCAAUGAUCCUUGGUUUGGGCAUGAUCCAAUGCCUAAUGUGCACAAGCAGUGUACUAUCACGUAUCGCUUCAACACUCCUGGUCAGUCGAGAAGAAUUAGGACUAUGUGCGCAAAGCAGAUGGAUACGGGCAGGUUUGAUGCGCUUUAA